UCGGCCCCGCCCCUCCCGGCGCGUCACCGGAAGUGAGGCAGAGGAAAUAGUGAAGCGGCUGCAAGGGAGGCUGCGGCGCUCCUAGGCUGGCCGGCGGCAUGGCCGACGAGGAGGAAGACCCUGCUUUUGAGGAGGAAAAUGAAGAAAUUGGAGGAGGUGCAGAAGGCGGACAGGGUAAAAGGAAGAGACUUUUUUCUAAAGAAUUGCGAUGUAUGAUGUAUGGGUUUGGGGAUGACCAGAAUCCUUAUACUGAGUCAGUGGAUAUUCUUGAAGACCUUGUCAUAGAGUUCAUCACUGAAAUGAUUAUUCAUUUGGGAGAACACGCAAGCGCACGAACUGGGCGAGAGGCAGAGAGAGAGGGAGAAGCAGACUCCCCACUGAGCAGGGUGCUGGAUGCAGAACUCUAUCCCAGGACCCUGGGAUCAUGACCUGACCCGAAGGCAGAAACUUAACUGACUGAGCCACCUAGCCUCCCCUACUUACUUGAAUUCUAAUAGUAAGGUAAUAUGGCUCCCUUCUAAUGUCUAGAGCUACACUGUAAUAUGGUAGCCACUAGCCACAUGGGACUAAAUAUACUAAAUUUACUUAAUUCAAAUUAAAUAAAACGAAACCUUCAAUUCCUCAGUUGUACUAGCUGUAUUUCAAGUGCUCAUGAGGCCCAUGCCUAGUGGCUGCAGCAUUGAACAGUGCAGAUGCAGAACAUUUUCAUCAUCACAGAAAACUAUUUGGGUCAGUGCUGAUUUGUAGUGUUCAGGUGCUUUUUCUGGAGUCAAGUCACUAAAAAAAAAAAAAAACUUACUAUGAAAAAUCUCAAGUAUACACAACAAUAGAAUAGUAUUUUGAGCCCUUGUCUUCAACAAUUAACCUUUGCCAAUUUUAAUAUCUAUUCCCCCACCUUUUCGGGGAGAAGGGAGGUAUUAUAAGGCCAGUCACAGCUUUCAUUGUAUCAUUUCAACUAUAAAUUCUUCUGUAUGUCAUCUCUAACAAAAAGUUUUAAAAGAUAGCCAAAAUACUAUUAUCAUACCUUAACAAAAAUUAACAUUAAUUCCCCAAUAUUCGAUUUAAUAAUACCCAAUCUCUGUUUAAAUCUAAUUUGUCUCAAAAUAUCUUUUGGAGUUUGUUUUCUGUGGUUUCUAUAACAGAUUACUGUAAAUUUAGUGACUUAAAACAACACUAAGUCAUUAUCUUACCAGUUCUUUAGGUCAGAAGUUUGACAUAGGCCUCACUGGGGCUUAAAUCAAGCUACUGCAUUCCUUUCUGAAUGUUCUAGGAGAGAACCUGUUUACUUGCCUUUUCUGGCACCCAGAGCCUGAAUUCUUUGGCUCUUAGUCCCCUUCUGUCUUCCAAGUUAGCAAUGUUCCAUCUUCCUUCCAUAGUCCUAUCUCUCUGACCACUGCUGGGAAAAGUUCUCUGCUUCUAAGGAUCCAUGGAAUUAUAUUGGACCCAUCUGGAUAACCCAGAAUAACCUCCCCAUUUUAAAAGCCUUAAUAACUUAAUCAUACCAGCGAAGACUCUUACCAUGUAAAAUAACAUAUUCACAGGUUCUGAGGGUUAGGAUGUCAAAGUGUUCGGGAGGAGCUCUUGUUCUACCUCCUACCAUCUGUUUGCAAUAGAAUCUAAACAAGGUGUCACCCAUUGCUGUUUGAUUACCCAUUGCAUUGGGUAGGUCUAAAUUUCUGUUAAUCUCUAAUAGCUCUUCCUCCCCCACUUGUUUAAGUGAGGCUCUCUAAAAAAUCAUACUUUCCUUUUUUGGCUAGCAUGUUUAUUUGAUGGUCAAGCAGAACAUCUAAUUUAUGAUUCUCUUGAAAUUGGUUUUACUGUAUUUAAACUGAUUUUCUUAAAAGCUGUAAUAUUCUCAGUGUAGAAAUUUUUAAGUGGGGCAAUAGCUCACUUGGCUUCUCAUCAGUCGAAAGAAGUGGUGUCUGGAGAGUCGCUUGGCCACUUCCCAAGAUGCCUCAGGAGGUUGCAUUACUUGGGUGAAUAUGUAGUCCAGGGUUUGAUUUGCAUCACUGCAGACUUGGAAACUGAUUUCACUCGCAAAAGGAGAGCACAUCCAUGUUUCAGGGUGGACUUCGAAACCAAGCUUGUAAAACCAAUGUAUGAACAUGGAUGCCAAUUUAUAGAUAUAUGUAAAACUUUCAUGGGUUUGACCAGCAAAUUCUUCCUCAUCCUAGGCAGACAAUGUGGGGAAAUCAAAACAUAAAUAUGAAGGUAAAUCAGAAUGAGGGGAGUUAGAUGAAUGCAUUGCUUGGAGCAUCAGGUAAGAGAAAGAUAAAGUUAAUACAGAAACAGGAAGAAUGGCUUCCCCCAGAGCUUGAAGCUGAGCGCCAUGUUUCCUGAGGAGCAACCUUCAAGAUUCCUUUGUUACUAACGCUGGAAACUUGGCUUGAGUUUUUAUUUUCAGUGACAAUACCCAUCCAAGCCUGGUCUGUUUGUGGCUUUCAGGUGGCUUGUAUACUUCUACUCUAACUUAUUCAAAUGUUGAGCUCAGAGUUAAUUCAAAGAGGACAAUUUUACUUCUAGUAUCUUCAGGGAAACUUCAAAAUUGCUACCAAGAGCUGAUACUUCCCACUGUGCUUGGAAAUCAUGAACUUUUUUUUUUUUUAAAGAUUAUGUCUUUAUUUGAGAGAGAGAGAGAGAGAGAGAGAGAGGGAGGGAGGAAGGGAGAGCAUGAGCAGGGCCUAGGGGCAGAGCAGAAGCAGACUCCCCACUGAGCAGGGAGCCCGACACAGGGCUUGACCCCAGAAUACCAAGAUCAUGACCUGAGCCAAAGGGAGACACUUAGCUGACUGAGCCACCCAGGUGCCCUUUAAAAAUAACCUUUUAAGCACUCUGCCUGUAUUCCAGAACAUUCCCGAUUCUCUAUACCUGAUUUUCUUAGGGUCCCUAUGUUUACCUCCUUAACACAGAGACUGAGAGGUGGAUGACCAGUGAGCAAGGUGUUAAAUGUGUUAUAGACUGCUGUUUUUCCUAGAUCUUAGUGAAUGAUUAUAUGACCUAGACUGUUAUAUUAUAGGAUAGGAUCACAGAAAACAAUUGAUAUAUCAGCAAGUACUUACUAAGCACCUAUUUUAUUUGAGGCAUAGCACAGAUAUGAGUUGGCUGUAUGGUAUCUGGAUGAGUAGAACUCUAAAGUUAUAGAGGUAAAGUAAGGAGCAAAUUUCUUUCUUUUUUAUAGAUUUUAUUUAUUUAUUUAUAUUUCAUUUAUUUAUUUCACAGAGAGAGCACACAACCACACAAGCAAGGGGAGUGGCAGGCAGAGGGAGAGGGAGAAGCAGGCUCCGUGCUCAGUGAGGAGCCCAAAGCAGGGGUCAAUCCCAGGACCUUGGGAUCAUGACCUAAUCUGAAGGCAGACGCUUAACUGGCUAAGCCACCCAGGCACCCCAUGAGCAAAUUUCUUAUAUGUUACCAGUAAGAGUUUCAAUCCGAACUUUUGUACAAAAUCCUAAUUCAUGUGUAAUUUGUAGCAUUGAGACUUCGGUUCACAUGCUCACUUUAUUGUACUUACACAGAAAGCCUGGUAAACUACUUUGAACUUGGGUGUAUUCUUUUAGGAUAGGAAGAACAAAUGGUAAAACAUAAAACAUUUUGUCAUGUG